UAUUCGAGGACGAAUAUUUCUAGAGGCCCCUGAAGGCACCAGCAGCGGAAGCUCCCGUGGGUCCAUACUGACUGGAUCAAACAAUCAGACCUGAACAUGAGUGACAAAAAGAGCCCAGUUACACUGAAAAUAAUCCUCAUCGGAAACUCCGGGGUGGGAAAAUCCUCCUUCAUGAGCAGAUAUGUGAAUCACCGCUUCACCAACAUGUACCGGGCCACUGUAGGGACCGACUUCCUCACCAAAACAGUCAGCAUAGAUAGGGACACAGCCACCCUGCAGAUCUGGGACACAGCAGGCACAGAGAGGUUCCAGUCUCUGGGUACACCUCUGUACAGGGGAGCUCACUGCUGCAUGCUGGUGUUUGAUGUCACAUCCAAGGCCAGCUUCUCUGCUCUGGACAGGUGGAGGAAGGAGUUUUUGAUCCAAGGAGAACCCCAGGAUCCUUCUGAUUUCCCUUUUAUUGUACUGGGCAACAAAACUGAUCUGAGCGACCGGGAGGUGUCUGCUAGGACGGCCCUGCAGUGGUGUGAGGAAAUAGGAGCAGAGUACUUUGAAGGAAGCGCCAAAGAAGAUCUGGAUGUAGAGAAGCCGUUUAUGAGAGCAGCUCAGCGCGGCUUACAACAGUACAAAAAACACACGUUGGAAAAUACAGGACAUUUCCAGAUAACCUGCAAACAGCCGAGAGAAACUCGCAACACCUGCGAGUGCUGA